CGGCCGGGGGCUGACAGCAUUUCCUCAUCCGGCUGUGCUGGGAGCCGCGCCGACUUGUCAGACUCCUCUCGACGCCGGCACGGUGGCAGUUCUGACCGUCAAUAGUCGUAUUUAACCCGGACGCCUUUGCACAUUUCCAUCUGACAAAAUGGGAAAUCUGCAGUUCUCCAGGGGGUAACGGAAUGAAAUGAGUGCUUUGCUAUUGCUUGCGUGUGAGGUGGCUUGAGGAGCUUGCAUGAAAAUAGACUGUCAGGGUCUGGUGGAGGAAUGGCUGAGGAAGUCGACGAAGGACGCUUUGUAGUCCAGAAGAUCAGCAAAAGCAUAACUUAUUAUUACACACCAAUCCAAACGUCAGGAGACCGGGGAUUAUGCCCUGCCAAAGAAUUCCUUUCCACGGAUCUCUGCCCUGUUUCAUGCUCCACGUCCUCGGCUCCUUCCCUCUCUGACUCACCUCCCUCCAGCGGCUGCCUUCCCCAGUCCUCCCCCCAAGACACCUCAUGUACCCCCUUGCUCUCAGACCCAUGUUCUCCCACAUCUGUGUCCUCCCAAACCACUCACCCCUCAGAUUCCACGUCAGACUUCUCCCAACGUCCACUUCUUCUACUUCUCCCCUGGCUUGGUGCCCGGCCAGGUGGGGUGGCAAAGUACCGGGACGUCUACCUGGAACAUGGCAUUGAUGUCCUCGUGGUGGAGAGCAGUGUUAUGCACUUCUUGUGGCCUAGCUGGGGGCUGGAUUACGGUUUAGAGGUCUUGCAGGUGCUGGAGGAGCCUUGCUUCGCCGGGCGCCCCGUGCUGGUCCAUGCGUGUUCCAUUGGAGGCUACACUUUCACCCAGAUGCUCACCCACUUGGUCCAGGGACCAAAGAAAUACGCACACCUGGCCCAGAGGGUUAUUGGGCACAUCUACGACAGCAUGGUGGCUGGGACUCUGGAGCAUAUGGCAACAGGCCUUGGCAAGACGCUGAUGCCUCGUUUGGAGGGCUUGGUCACAAACGCUGCCAUGCUUUACUUCUGGCUCUUCAAAACUCAGACAGCCGAUUACUACAACAGCAGCCUCAGUGUUUUCCACAACAACCCUGUCACUGCACCAGCUCUCUUCUUUUUUUCUGAAAAUGAUGCUCUUUGUGACCCACUUGUACUUGAAAGAGUUAUUGAACUGUGGAGGAAAAGGGGUGUUGCUGUGGAGAGCAGGAAGUGGAAGGAAUCUGUACAUGCAGCUCACAUGCGAUGCCACCCAGAAGACUAUUUCUCUACACUGGAGAAAUACUUGAAUUCACUGCCUGUAUCCCUCAAAGCAAAAAUGUAGAGCACUGGAAGUAUAAGAGUCUGGUAGGACUGGAUUUUGAAACAAAUUUUGCUAUACAAUCCAGUCACUACACAUGAGAUGAUUCCAUGGCCCAUUUUGAUCAGUUUAACUUUAAUUAAUUUAGCGUUUGACAAUGCAUUUCAUUUUUUGAGAGGAAAAGAGAUGACUCACUUUAGCUAUGCCGUUUAACCCAUCAUGUUUUCCCCAACAUGGGAACUUAAUAUAAAAGAGCACAAAUUUCAGUGGCAACUGCAAUUGCAGUUUUAGCUAUUUUUAAACUGCGAUUGUCUUUCUUUCAUAAAGUAUCCUGAUUGAUUUGUUUGUGUUAUCUACCAAUGUAUUUGGUAGCAAAAAUCAACCAACCCCCUUUCUUUGCCAUUUCUUUUUUAAAAAUCUUGUUUAGUUGCACUUGUAAUACUAUUGAAAGGAAUUCAGGCCACUUUGAAAUGCACUUAUUACAAUGGCACAACAGGAAAUGCAUUGCACACACAUCACUUUUGAAUAGUGAUGAGCAAAAAACAUGCCAAAAUGGAAAACACUAACUUCAUACAGUAGAAUAUAAUAUAGUUCAGUGGAUUGCAUCUCAAGGUCACUAGUUCUGAUGUGAUCUCAGCAUUUUAUUCAUCAAAAGUAAAUGCCCACUUAUUUCAAGAUAGAAAAGAAGUGACAUGUAAAACAAUGCAAUGAAAAUUUUAUUUUUCAUUUUGGCAGAUAGUCCUAUGAUAGACUGGCGACCUAUCCAGGGUGUUUCCCUGCCUU